CGAUAUUUGAUGGCAAUGUUUUGGUUGGGUGGCAUCUCCGUUCGUGGUUUCAUUAUAAAUUAAAUGGCGCUGAGUUGAAAGCAUUUUUUGUAAAUUAAUAUUUGGUAAAAAUGUCAAGUGAAAGUGAGCAGUACUUCAGCCACGAAGAGGAGGAUUCGGUGGUCAACAGCACAAGUUCAGUCCGAUCAAGCAAAUCUUCGCAUCUCAGCAGCCAAAAUAGCAAAGGCGCUGGCACGUUCAUAGAUGAAACGAAUACUGAGGCGGAGGAUUCCCGGCUGGUGGAGCAGUCUGAAGAAUCAGAAGAGACCGGUGAGUCGGAGGAAUCUGAGGAAGCCAGUACAUCGGAGGAAGAGAGCGUUAACCCGCCAGCCAAGAGCACCAAAAAGAAAAGGAACCGGCCUUUGGGAAUCCCCUCCGAUACCGAAGAAAGUGACGAGGAGCUGGAACAGCGCGCCCUAUCUCCCUGCACCCGAAUGAGCAUCACGGGGGUGCGACCCCAGGAUCUCAGCGACGGCGACAGCGAGAUCGAGUACAACGAUGAGGGGACGGAGACUCCUCAGGCAGCCGCUGUAGGAGCUGGCGUGCCGCGCUACACCACUCAAUUCGCCGGCAACAUCCAGGAGGCCCUGCACUCAACCCUCGGUGCUGCGGAUCCAGACUCUCCGGAUGAGUCCAGCGGUAGUGAUGUUCUUAUUCUCAGCAACAAGGAGACACCUAUUGAAAUAUCGUCCAGCACGGAUGAAGACGCCGCCAACAACAAGGAAAACAUUCCCGGUUCUCGUUUAGUGCGUUCUUCGAGAUCAUACUCGCCUAGAAGCAGCGCAGGUGCUCUAGGGACCAGUAAGAAUCUCAGCCAGCCCACUAUUCUGGCGGCCCUCAAGCAAAAAUCACCGCCAGUCGCUCAACGCUAUUUGGGGGUGAAGAGUGAAGAGCAGCAGGUGGUCAGCCCGGAGGUCUACGAGGACGAGAUGCGCAAGCUGGCUGAGAAGCGUACUCAGCUUAGCGAAGCAGAGAAGUUGUUCGAGAAGGUGGCCCACAAGCUGCCCGACAAGGGCAAUCAGAUUAGGCAGCGCAUUAACCGCCUACGCAAAGACGUCGACUUAAUUGAGCAAACCGCGAACAGACUAAAAGUGGAACCCAGCAAGGUGCCCGUGAUCAAGGUGUCCAAACCAAUAUUCAAUGCACCCCCGGCCCCACAAAUCGACACUCCAGACUGGGAUGACUUGUCGGCAGAGGUCAACCAGAUCAAGCCAGUUUACACAGGCACCCAGGGCAUGGCCACGUUCAACAACCAGAAGGCUCUGACUGUGGAAUCAUUGAAGGACCUACAUGGCUCGCUGAAGGAUUGCCCCGGACCCGAAGUGCUGGCGGAGGAUCCGAAAGGCCUAAAAGUCGCACUGAUGGAUCACCAAAAGCACGCCCUAGCCUGGAUGUCAUGGCGCGAACGUCAGGCUACACGCGGGGGAAUUCUGGCAGACGACAUGGGCUUGGGCAAGACGCUGACCAUGAUCUCAUCGGUGCUAGCAUGCAAGAAUCGCCAGGAGAGGGACCAGAAAGAAGACCAAAGUAGCGGCUGCGACAGUGAUGAUGAUAAGAACCAAAAACGAAAAAGCGCCGGCGGAUGGACCUCCAAAGGUCGCAAGGACACUCACAAGGGUGGCACUUUGGUGGUGUGCCCGGCCAGCUUGCUACGUCAGUGGGAGAGCGAGGUGGAGUCCAAGGUGUCCCGUCACAAGCUGACCGUUUGCGUGCACCACGGGAACAACCGGGAGACCAAGGGCAAGCACCUUCGUACCUACGAUAUUGUGGUGACAACCUACCAAAUUGUAGCCCGGGAGCACAAGAACUUGAGUGCCGUGUUCGGUGUCAAGUGGCGACGGAUCAUUCUGGAUGAAGCGCAUGUGGUGCGCAACCACAAGUCGCAGUCAUCUGUAGCAGUCAGUGAUUUGCGGGGCAAAUAUCGUUGGGCCCUGACUGGCACUCCAAUCCAAAACAAGGAGCUUGAUGUGUAUGCGCUGUUAAAGUUCCUUCGUUGCCACCCGUUCGACGAUUUAAACACGUGGAAGAAGUGGAUUGACAACAAGAGCGCAGGGGGGCAGAAUCGCCUCAAUCUGCUGAUGAAGUCGAUUAUGCUAAGGCGCACUAAGGCUCAGCUGCAGUUGGAUGGCAAACUCAGUAGCUUGCCCAAAAAGGAAAUGCGCCUCACUGAGAUCUCGCUGGGCACCGAAGAAAUGAAUGUUUACCAAACGGUGAUGACAUAUUCCAGGACUCUUUUCGCCCAGUUCCUCCAUCAGCGCGCCGAGAGGGAGACGGAUUUUAGUUACAGAAGCGAGGCUAAUAAGCCAACCUACAAUCAAAUUAAGGAUCCCAAUGGGGCGUACUACAAAAUGCACGAAAAGUUCUCCAGAAUGGCCGGCAGCAAAAAGGAGGUUAAAUCCCAUGAUAUUCUUGUGCUUUUGCUGCGUCUGCGACAGAUUUGCUGUCAUCCCGGUCUAAUCGAUGCGAUGCUGGAUGGAGAGGAGACCCAGAACAUGGGCGCUGAGAGUGACAGCGAUUCCCCGGAAAUCGACUUGCUGGCGCAGCUCAACAAACUGGCCAUUACCGACACCUCCACUGAGGCUCAGCCUUCUGGUUUUGGGGGAGGCGGUGAAGACGACGCUGGCCCUUCAUUGGGGGCAGAUGAAGCUCGCAUCGCCAAGGCCUCUAAGAAUGUGAUGAAGCGCAGUAAUCCGGUAUUUGAUCUAAAACGCCCCUCUUCCAAAAUCACAAAGGUGAUUGACAUACUUAAGUCAACCAUUCUGAUGGGAUCGGACGAUAAAGCCAUAGUGGUAUCGCAGUGGACUUCGGUGCUUGAAAUUCUGCGUGAAUUUUUGAACAGGGAUAGAGUUCCGACCCUGUCCCUGAACGGAACCGUUCCGGUGAAAAGCCGUCAGGAUAUUGUAAAUCAGUUCAACGAUCCAAACAAUCAAAACCGCAUUCUUUUGCUCUCCCUCACCGCUGGCGGUGUGGGCUUGAACCUGAUUGGUGCCAACCACCUUCUACUCUUGGAUCUUCAUUGGAAUCCCCAGUUGGAAGCUCAGGCCCAGGACCGCAUUUACCGCGUUGGUCAAAAGAAAGACGUUAUCAUCUAUAAGUUCAUGUGCGUGGACACUGUUGAGCAGCGGAUCAAAGCCUUGCAGGAUAAGAAAUUGGAACUGGCCAACGGCGUCCUUACGGGCAAUACAGUUAGCUCCAAACUCACUAUAGAUGACCUAAAAGGUCUUUUUGGAAUGUGACGUUGCUCUCAUUUGGUGCUUUCUUUAGUUAAGUUUAU